UAUAAUGUGUAUGUCAUAUGUUUACUUGUCAUAUCAUAUGACGCGGUACGCGGUAGUGUCGCAUAUAGCACGAACAAUGCGGGAUCCUGAUUUAUUGACAGAUAUUCCAGAACUAUCAAAUGAUUCGCCCGAGAUGGAUCUCAGUAUUCAUCCGGAGAGGCAAAGAUUCCCUUUUUGUAUCGUUUGGACUCCAUUGCCAUUGUUAACAUAUGUUCUGCCAUUUAUCGGACACAUGGGCAUUGCAACGUCAACAGGAGUAAUAAGGGAUUUUGCUGCUCCUUAUCACGUCUCUGAAGAUAACAUGGCAUUUGGUAAACCUACCAAAUAUUGGCAACUAGAUUAUACUAAAGCCAAGGGAAACAUACAGGGAUGGGACGCUGGUGUGGCAGAAGCUAGCGAAAUUUAUAAGACUAGAAUGCACUAUUUAUGUUAUGAUAAUUGUCAUUCAUAUGUGGCAACAGCUUUGAACUUGAUGUCGUAUGAUAACUCAAGCUGGAAUAUGAUGAAACUUGCUUUCCUUAUAUUGGUUCAUGGGAAAUACGUAAGUUUUCUGGGAUUUCUUAAAACUUGGAUACCUUUCUGCAUAAUUGUUACAAUUGUUCUAGUAUUAAGUCUGGGUCUAUAUUAAUUAUAAAAUAUAAAUCAAUUUAAAUUAUAGAUUUAAGAUAUAAGCUUAUCCUGAUAUAAUUAUUAUAAAAAUUUGACAAGAACAUAUUUAUAGAAUAUAACAACAAUUUAUUAUGUUUAAUUUUUACAAUGUAAGAUAAACAUAUAUGAUUAUAUAAA